GCUGGCUUUCACCACUGAGAACCCCACGGGGCACUACUUCCUGGAUUUGGCCAACCCUGCGGACUUUGCUGUGGCCGAACAAGUCAUCGUGCUGAAUCAGUGGGAGAUCCUGAUUGAGGAGAAUCUGAACUACGUCGACACGUCUCAAUAUGGGAAUCGCUGCCACCUGCGGAAUAUGUCUUACGCAGGGCGCAGAUUACCUGUCCAGGAUGUGAAACAGUUCAUUUUGCCCAUGGCGGACUCCUUCAGUUUCGACUAUGUCAGCUGCAAGCGUCCCAAAGCCACAGAUCCUACCUUGGAUCCAGAGGAGUUUCAGAGGUUUUUGAGGGCACUCUCAAGGCGCAACAGUCUGGACACCAAGUUGCGACUCCAAGUGCUGCGCAGCGUCUCGUGGAUGAUUUUCCUUAAGGCGACGCAGCUCCGGCAUUUGUUGGGCCUCUUUGAGGAUGACUUUCAAGCUCAGUGCGCAGCCAUCCUCUUUUUCAGAGUGGUGGACAUGGAGAAUGAGAAGAUCUUCCGCUGUGGCUUCGAUCCCCUCCAACUGUCGUUGUUGCAGCAAAGUAUGGGCUUUGUGGCCUGCUUUCCCUACAUCCAACCGGACCAUUGGACAAUCGAUUUGGAUCUGACACGCCAUGAUCAGCGCCGCGUGGUGAGCAUCAUGUGGUCCCUGGCAGAGAAGGAACGGAUGGAUAACCUUUCGGACAUUGUCUAUCUCUCCGCCGAGAAGGUGCUGCUGAGCACAGCAGAGUGGACGCCUCCCGUCUCCUGGUGUUCCGUCGAAAACGUGCCCACCACGGGGCGAAUCAAGGUGACCUACAGAGGUGGUAAGGACACUUUAUCCUGGUCCACUCGAAAGAAACUCUGCGAGCAGUAUGGUCACUGGCAGCUACAGUGCAAUCACACCGAUGUGAAUUGGUGGUCCUCCUUGAACGAGGCACCCGUGGAGGUGACUCAGUUCCUCCAGCUCUUGCUGCGGCGCUUCAAGGAUUUCGAUCAGGCCUUUACCUUCAUCGAUGGUGUCAAUGGCAACGGCGUCAUCAACAAGAAAGAACUCACGGAGCGUGUGCAGCGAAUGGGCUACAAGGAGUUCCAAGGUCUCCAGGCGGUGCCGCUGACGCAGAAGGUCUUUCGCUACUUGGACCCCGACAGCAGCGGCAGCAUCAGCCGCAAGGAAUGGUCAACAAUGAUGGAUUUGCAGAAGGAAGUGCUGCAGCAAUUGGAGGAUUUUGCCCUCUUUCUGCAUCGAGAGUUUCCAUUCGCACGCGGACGACUGCAGAAGAUUUGGCCCUUGAUUGACCGGGAGAACUUAGAGCAGGUGCCGCUGAAUCGCUUCAAAGCCGCGCUGAAAGACGAGCUGGGCUUUUUCGCCUCUGCAGGUGUUCUUGCCGAGUUUCUGGAUACAGACAAGAAGGGCUAUGUGUGUUGCGAGGAUCUACAACAAUUGCGUCGUUUCGGGAAGGACGGUCGUUCCUUGAGUUUCGGAGAGCUGGAUGAUGAUGCCAGGAACCUUCCUCAGGCACACAGGAGUGGGACUAGAAGGAGGUCUGCGCUAUGAGCCGAAGGUUGCCAUGGCGGAUGGAUUUUUGUCGGCCGUGAAAAAAAUGGGGGCUCCCCAGUCGUCACCAG